AUCUUAUUCACUCUCUCUCUCUCUCUCUCUCUCUGUCUGAGAACAUGGAGGGUGGUUCUCUGCGCAUUGUUUUCUUCCCUUGGCUAGCCUUUGGCCACAUGCUACCGUUCCUCGAUCUCUCCAAAUCGUUAGCCAAGAGGGGCCAUCGCAUCUCCUUCCUCUCCACCCCAAGAAACCUCCAGAGGCUCCCAAAAAUCCCACCCGACCUAGCCCCACUCAUCCACUUCGUCUCCUUGCCCCUGCCAAAGGUCGAAGGCUUGCCCGAGGCCGCCGAGUCCACCACCGACGUCCGCCCCGACGAGGUCCAAUUCCUCAAAAAGGCUUUCGACGGCCUGGCCAUCCCCUUCUCCAAGUUCCUCGAGGAGUCUUCUCCGAAACCCGACUGGAUAAUCCACGACUUCGGCCAUCACUGGUUGCCACCAAUCGCCUCCGGGUUCCACAUACCAUGCGCCUUCUUAUCCAUCCUGCCUGCUUCCUUCAUCGCCUUCGUCGGGCCGCCCUCGGAGAUGAAGCGCAGCUCGCGGCGGACCCCCGAGCAAUUCACGAAGCCACCGGAGUGGAUCUCCUUCCCUACCUCCGUCGCGUACCACCUCCACGAGGCCAAGUGGAUGGUUGAGGCUUUUAAAGCCAAUGCAUCAGGAAUAGCUGAUCUCCAACGCUUCUGUCUGACUGUGGAGGGGUGCCACUUCGUCGCCUUUCGGAGUUGCUUCGAGUUCGAAUCCGACUGGCUACGCCUCCUCGAGGAGCUCUACAAGAAGCCGGUGAUUCCAGUUGGUCUGCUUCCACCGCAGGUUCAAGAAGGGAGUCCUGACGACGUCCACGGCAAGGCCAGAAUCUUCGAGUGGCUCGACACGCAAGCACCAAAAUCGGUGGUAUACGUUGCACUCGGGAGUGAGGCCAUGCUAAGCAUUGAGCUGCUGCACGAGCUUGCCUUGGGGCUCGAGCUAUCUAAGGUGCCUUUCCUCUGGGCCCUUAGAAAGCCGGCGGGCAUGGCCGGGGACGACGCCGAUAUCUUGCCCGAGGGGUUCGAGGAGCGCACCGAGGGUCAAGGAGUCGUCGCCAAGGGUUGGAUUCCUCAAAUCAAGGUCUUAGCCCAUGCUUCGGUCGGAGGAUUCUUGACGCAUUGUGGUUGGGGUUCGAUUAUAGAAGGGCUUCGGUUUGGGCAUGGUCUCAUGUUACUGCCCAUAGCUGUAGAUCAAGGCCUCAAUGCUCGAAUUAUGGGGGAGAAGAAGAUCGGAUUGGAGAUCCAGAGGAAUGAGGUGGAUGGGUCUUUCAAUAGAGAAUCUGUGGCCAAGGCCAUAAGAUCGGUGAUGGUGGAGGAAGAGGGUGAGCCGUUCAGAUUCAAAGCCCAGGAGCUGCAGCACGUUUUUGCCGACAAGGACUCGCAGGAACGCUACAUGGAAAAUUUCAUACGGCAUUUGAGGGAUCACGGAGGAGGAUAAGGCAAUCAGUGCAUGCAGCUCACAGAAUAAGUCAAGCAUUAAUGCCAAGUAUGCUUACGUUGGCAGGUUGAAUAUGAUGUUCAUGACAUGAUAGCUUUUGAAUCAGUUGCAUUGUCGCGGCUUACUAGUAAUUUACGUCUCUCAGCUUGCAUCUAUUCAAAGGGAUUGCGGCACUAAAUUUCCCACCGCGUAUCUAAUCAAAUCCGCAACUUGCAUGCCAA